CGAACAGGGCGAUGGCAGCGGUCGGAUGGACCAGAUUCAUGUUGUUUCUGCUGCUCAACAUCUCCAUGGGGAAAAAUGCAGAGCAGUUAACUGAGCACUGUGAUGUUGGACAGACUGUCACUUUACCUUGUAAACACACCAUGUCGAACUGCUCCAUGGUCUUCUGGUUACUGAAUUCAAAAUCAAAUCUACUUACAACAGUUGAACUUGUUGUUGACGGGAAGGUCAAAGACACACAAAGAUCUGGAAGACUGACAGUGGGGUCUGACUGCUCUCUACACAUUAAUAACCUGAACGCUGAAGAUACUGGACUGUACACCUGUCGACUGUAUCACAAUGACAGCAAUUUCACUGAUAUUUCUACUUUGCUAUCUGUUGGCGAAAGAUAUGGAAUAAAAGAAGAAAGGGAACGCAGGUAUAUUAAGGAAACUGAAGACUCUGAUACCAAGACAAACUGCUUCACCCCCGUCGUGUCUCAAUCCACUCUCUCUUCUACAGACAUCAAGAUAUACUGCAUGACUUUGACAGCAGCAACAACCAUUCCUCCUCCUACAAAAGGCAUUGGUGAUGGCAGCUUUCCAGUUGUCGCUGUAACUGCAUCGGGUGUGGCUGUGUGUGUAGGAGUGUGUGUCACUGUAGUAAUAAUACUGAUCUACAACAGGACACCAGAAGGUGUCCGGACCGCACCCUACUCCAGGGGCCGUCUUCCCUCGCAUUUUAGGGCAGCAGGCGCUGCCUGUGGGGAGGUACUGUCACUGGUGUUCCUGCCCCUGACGACCACGUGCCUGAUGACUGCGUACCCAGCAACAACACGACCACCGUGACCCCCUCCCUUGACAACUCCAAGGACACAGUAUAAAGCAUCCGCUCCAAUGCACCUGGCCACGGAACCUCCAACUGAGAGAUGUUCUCCUCACCUAUCUUCCAAGGCUGACUGUUCUGC